AUGGGUCAACAACAAGUUAACCAAAUAGAGGCGGAACACGUGUUUGUAGAAGAUGUCAGGGAUGCAAUUGCUGCAAACCGUCAGAUGGUACGGUCAAUGACUGUAGAAGUAUAUUCACGAUGUAAUGAAACGUUUCGAGUUACUGAGACUAUCGGUCGUCGACCCGGUAUACCACCUAGAUCCUACGAAGUUGAUCUUCGAAACAGACGAUGCGAUUGCAUGAGGUUUCAAACACUUUAUUAUCCAUGUGCACAUGUUGUGGCAGCUUGUGCUAAAGUCUCACUCAAUGUAGAACAAUUUAUCGAUGAAGUGUACACCCAUGAACGCACGUUGCGUGUAUGGGAGAACGAGUUCCCCGUGCUUCCUGACCUAUCUACUUGGGAGGUACCUCCGAUGACCUUCGAGCUUAUUCCAGAUAAAGGGUUACGUAAGAACCCGAAAGGUCAUCCGCAAUCAUCCAGAAUCCAUAACGAAAUGGAUAUUAGGGAGAAAUCCGACGAAAAGCUGUGUGGCGUAUGCAGAUUAGCUGGUCAUAAUCGAAGUAAAUGCCCGCUCCGAAACUACCAUGUUAGACAAUCGUCCCAAUUGGGUAGAAAUUGA